GGCUUCAGGGACUUCUGCUACCAGGAGGCCGUGGAGCCCCGAGAGGUUUGCAGCCAACUCCACCACCUUUGCUACCAGUGGCUCAAGCCAGAAAGGAACAUGAAAGCUCAGAUGCUGGACUUGGUGGUUCUGGAGAAGUUCCUGGCUGUCCUGCCCAGAGAGAUGGAGAGAUGGAUCAGAGAAUGUGGAGCGGAGACCAGUUCCCAGGCAGUGGCCCUGGCAGAAGGCUUCCUCCUGAGCCAGGCGGAGGACCAAGAGCAGGGAGUGGAAAAACCUGCAGGGGAAGUGAACUGAUCCUGGGGGAUCCUUCUAGGCCUCCUUCGCUUUGUGGUAGAGUGGAAGCGGUUUCUGCACAGCCUGGGCAGGUUCCGGUGACUUUUGAGGAGGUGGCCGUGCAUUUCUCGGAGGAGGAGUGGGCUCUGCUUGAUCCAGUCCAAAGGACUCUGUACACAGAAGUCAUGGAGGAGAAUCGUGGGAUCCUGGCUUCUCUGGGUGAUCACAGGGAGAACAGGAAAAAUGGCCUACACCAGAGGAGGAAAACUGAAACUGAAGAGAAGAGGGAAAACAAAUCCAUUUCUUUUGAAGGAUCAGACGUUUGUGAAACUCCAAUCCUGGAAGUAACAAGAAAAAAUAACAGUCACAAUAGGAAGACACAGAGGAAAAGCUCUCUGUACAUAAAGGCUCAGAAGAUUCAUCUUAGCAAAUAUCAAAGAUUUCAAUACUUAGAGUGUGAAAAACAAUUCAGUUUCAACACACAACUUAAGUUGCAUCAAAGAAUUCACACUGGGGAGAAGCCCUAUAAAUGCUUCGAGUGCAGAAAGGGCUUUGCUCACAGCACAAAACUUAAGCAGCAUCAAAGAAUUCACACUGGGGAGAAACCCUAUAAAUGCUUAGAGUGUGGAGAAAGCUUUGCUCAGGGAGCACACCUUAAGCGACAUCAAAGAAUACACACUGGGGAGAAGCCCUAUAAAUGCUUAGAAUGCGGGAAGAGCUUUGCUUACAGCACAAGCCUUAAGCUGCAUCAAAGAAUACACACUGGGGAGAAGCCCUAUAAAUGCUUAGAGUGUGGAGAAAGCUUUGCUCAGAGAGCACACCUUAAGGGGCAUCAAGGAAUUCACACUGGGGAGAAGCCCUAUAAAUGCUUAGAAUGCAGGAAGAGCUUUGCUUACAGCACAAGCCUUAAGCUGCAUCAAAGAAUACACACUGGGGAGAAGCCCUAUAAAUGCUUAGCAUGUGGAAAGAGCUUUGCUUACAGCACAGGCCUUAAGCGGCAUCAACGAAUUCACACUGGGGAGAAGCCCUAUAAAUGCUUAGAAUGCGGGAAGAGCUUUGCUCAGAGCAUGCUCCUUAAGCUGCAUGAAAGAAUUCACACGGGGGAGAAGCCCUAUAAAUGCUUAGAAUGCGGGAAGAGCUUUGCUCACAGCAGAAGCCUUAAGCUGCAUCAAGGAAUUCACACUGGGGAGAAGCCCUAUAAAUGCUUAGAAUGCGGGAAGAGCUUGGCUGACAGCGCAAGCCUUAAGCAGCAUGAAAGAAUUCACACUGGGGAGAAGCCCUAUAAAUGCUUUGAGUGCGGAAAGAGCUUUGCUUACAGCACAAGCCUUAAGCGGCAUCAACGAAUUCACACUGGGGAGAAGCCCUAUAAAUGCUUUGAGUGCGGGAAGAGCUUUGCUCAGAGCGUGCUCCUUAAGCUGCAUCAAAGAAUUCACACUGGGGAGAAGCCCUAUAAAUGCUUAGAGUGCGGGAAGAGCUUUGCUAGCAGCUCAAGACUUAAGCGGCAUCAGGCAAUUCACACUGGAGAGAAGCCCUAUAAAUGCUUAGAGUGCGGGAUGAGAUUUACCCACAGCACACACAUUAAGUGGCAUCAAAGAAUUCAUACUGGGGAGAAGCCCUAUAAAUGCUUAGAGUGUGGAAACAGCUUUGCUCGGAGCAUGCACCUUAAGCAGCAUCAAAGAAUUCACACUGGGGAGAAGCCCUAUAAAUGCUUAGAGUGUGGAAAGAGCUUUGCUCAGAGCUCAUACCUUGCGCAGCAUCAAAGAAUUCACACUGGGGAGAAGCCCUAUGAAUGCUUUGAGUGCAAGAAGAGCUUUGCUUUCAGCAGUAGCCUUAAGCGGCAUCAAAGAAUUCACAGUGGGGGAAUCCCUAUAAAUGCUUAGUGUAGCAUUUAUAUAAUAGAAUAGUAGAGUUGGAAGUGGCCUAUAAGGCCAUUGAGUCCAAACCCCUGCUCAAUGCAGGAAUCCACCCUAAAGCAUCCCUGACAGAUGGUUGUGCAGCUGCCUCUUGAAUGACUCUAGUGCGGGACAGCCCACAACCUUCCAAGGUAACUGGUUUCAUUGUCGUACUGCUCUAAAAGGAAGUUUUUCCUGAUGUCCAGCCGGAAUCUGCCUUCCUGUAACUUUAGCCCAUUAUUCUGUGUCCUGCAUCCUGGAAUGAUCGAGAAGAAAUCCUGGCCCUCCUCGUGUGACCACCUUUCAAGUCAUUGAGGAGUGCUAUCCUAUCUCCCCUCAAUCUUCUCCAGGUUAAACAUGCCCAGUUCUUUCAGUCUCUCCUCAUAGGGCUUUGUAUCCAGACCCCUGAUCAUGCUCUGAACAUUAGGGUGACCAUGUUUUGGAAACCAAAAAGGGGGACAACGUGGUCAGCCCCCAAGAGGGUGUGUCCAGCACCAAGGGGGCGUGCCCACCCGAACAUCGCCUUGGUCACUGCCACGACACAGGCUCUGAACACCAGGCCUGGCCGCGGCUACUCCCUGCUCAAGCCAAGCACCACUGCUUGAUAUGCCUGAGGCGAGGGAAAAACACUGCCUUUCUCCAAACUAUGUGGAGAAAGGGGUUAAAUGGAGAAGGUUUUCAAUAAUAAAUUAGAACACUGUGAGUUAUAUGUGCUGAGGUGAAUUAUUGUCAGAGUGAGUGCUAGAUGUAUAAACUUCAGAUGAUAAAUGCCAAACAGACA